AAACGCAUAGUUGGUAAACAAAUCUUAUGGGGAUUUGGGUUGGGCACGGACGCAAAAUGUUAUAAAAACGGCAGUUGCUCGGUUGCACCUAUCCAGUUUCCUAGCGUUGUUCAUCAAUCAUAGUAGAACCGCAGAGCGAUCAGCUUCAAAAUGGCCAAGAGUACCCGUCUUGCUAUGAUCCAAUUCAAUGUCAGCAAGGACAAGAAUGAUAACUUGCAGCGGAUGGCUGCUCAGAUCAGGAAAGUGGUGAAGGAAUCCAACCCUAGAAUUGUUGCUCUACCUGAAUGCUGGCAAAUGCCGUUCCAUCCCAGAUAUGCCGCUGAGUACUCUGAACCGGUUCCUGACGGCCCCACUUGCCAGUUGCUGUCCAGCCUAGCAAAGGAGUUGAAUAUUUACAUUGCUGGAGGAUCUAUUGCUGAGCGGGAUGGUACCAAAUGUUACAAUACCGCUACUGUGUUUGCACCAUCAGGAAAAAUGAUUGGAAAGUAUCGUAAGAUACAUUUGUACAUGGUUGAUAUCAAAGGAGAUAUCACUUUCAAUGAGUCUGAAGGAUUCUCUACUGGUAGUGAAUUCUGCUUUGUCGAUAUCGAUGGAAAGAAAGUUGGUAUUGGCAUUUGCAACGACAUUCGUUAUGAUGAGUUCGUUAGAGUCUUUCGUAACGAAGGAUGUGAUUUGAUCAUUUUCCCAUUCGCCUUGGUCAUCUCACAAGGAAAAGCUAAUUUCGAGACGGUGCUAAGAUGCCGGGCCCUGGAUAAUCAAAUGUUUGUGUGCGGUGUUUCCGGGGCACGUGAUGAAAAUUCCGUCUAUGUUCAAUGGGGUCAUUCAAUGCUAGUCAGCCCUUGGGGACAAAUUGUGAAGGAGGCUGGAGAACGAGAAGAAACCGUUGUUGUGGAUGUUGACUGGAGUUUGGUCGAACAAGCGAGAAGUCAAGUCCUCUUAUUCAAGCAACGAAGAACUGAUCUUUAUGAAACUAUCAACAAAACCAAAUAAAAAUUGUGAAACUCUUAAUUAAUAAACUAAUUGUACAAUAAAAUAAUGUCGAAAAUAAAA